GGGAGAGAGAGAGAGAGAGAGAGAGAGAGCGCGCGGAAGGAUGUGGCUGAUGUAAACAGAUUGUCCUCUUUAUUCAUCUGUUCUUCUGAUCCCUCCCUCCAUCGCCUGCAGGACUGAGAGUACGGAGCAGGUUGCAGCAUUCUGCCGCAGUCUCCAUGACAUGAAUCCGUCUGAGUGUGCGACAAGUUCCUCCUCCCCCAGCCUGGAGUCGCCCGUCCCUCCGCCCGCCACCGGCACCCGUCAGCUCUCCGACGCCGACAAGCUACGCAAAGUCAUCUGUGAGCUGGUGGAGACCGAACGCACCUAUGUUAAAGAUCUUCAUUGUCUCAUCGGGAGGUAUUUAACCCCACUACAGAAGGAGACCUGCCUCACUCAGGAUGAGCUGGACAUUCUGAUUGGGAACCUGCCUGAGAUGGUGGAGUUCCAGGUGGAAUUCCUGAAGACUCUAGAAGACGGGACCAGAUUGGUUCCAGACCUGGAGAAGCUGGAGAGAGUGGACCAGUUCAAGAAAAUCCUCUUCUCUCUAGGAGGUUCCUUCCUGUACUAUGCAGAUCGGUUUAAGAUCUACAGUGCGUUCUGCGCCAGCCACACCAAAGUCCCCAAGGUGCUCGUGAAAGCUAAGACCGAUGCAGACUUCAAGGCGUUUCUGGAAGAGAGGAACCCGAAACAGCAACACUCCUCAACCCUGGAGUCCUACCUGAUCAAACCCAUCCAGAGAGUUCUGAAGUACCCACUACUACUGAGAGAGCUGUACUCACUGACAGACCCGGACAGUGAAGAACACUAUCACCUGAAUGUCGCUAUGAAGGCCAUGAACAAGGUGGCCAGUCACAUCAAUGAGAUGCAGAAGAUCCACGAGGAGUUUGGGUUGGUGUUUGACCAGCUCAUAGCGGAGCAGAGUGGAGACAAGAAAGAGGUUGCUGAUCUGUCGAUGGGGGACUUGCUGCUCCACACCAGCGUAGCCUGGAUCAACCCUCCCUCCUCCCUGGGCAAAUGGAAGAAAGAACCCCAACUGGCUGCAUUCAUCUUCAAAACAGCCGUGGUGUUUGUGUGCAAGGAUGGCUCCAAGCAGAAGAAGAAAAUGGGUGGCUCCCAUCGAGCGUCGUCAGUCUCGUCUGAAGACAAGGACCCAUUCCGCUUCCGUCACAUGAUCUCCACAGACACGCUCCAAGUCCGAGCCCUCAAUAACCAAGAAGGAGAGGCCUCUGCCGUAUGUGAGAUCGUCCACGUCAAGUCGGAGUCAGAAGGACGGCCGGAGAGGAUAUUCCACCUGUGCUGCAGUUCUGUGGACAGUAAGAAGGACUUCCUGAAGACAGUCCACUCCAUCCUGAGAGAUAAACAACGACGCCAGCUGAUGAAGACAGAGUCUCUACCCAACCAGCAGUAUGUCCCCUUUGGAGGCAAACGCCUCUGUGCCCAAGGAGCCAGACCUGCCAUGAACAGAGCAGUGUCAGACCCGGCCCGGACCCUGGGCCGGAGGAAACUGGUGAGGAACCGUUUCACUAUCGACACAGACAUCGUCUUCGACGGCGAGCCGGACCAGGAGUCCCCUCUGUCUCCACUGUCCCCUGAAGAGCCUGAGGGACAGGGACAAAAGGAAGGACAGGGACGGGGGGAGGUGCAGGCAGGGGAUACGGACCGCUGGGUGGAGGAGCAGUUUGACCUGGAGCGCUACGAGGAGGAGCAGGAGGCGCAGCAGGAGGCGCAGGUGAAAGGAGGAGGGGACGUUAAAGAGACAGACAUCCUUAGUGACGAUGACGAUUUCUGCCAGUCUGUCGGAGGACCCUCCACUGAACCUCUAUCCACCACAGACCUAGAAGGGCCCGUAGGGGCCCUGUCCAUGGGAGAAGAAUGCAAAGAGGUGGGUGGGCCCUAAACACCUCCAGCCCCAGGGAGGCACGGGGACCACUACCCCAGGGAUGAGGCUCUCCCACCCGGGGAAGCAGUGUGCUCUGGUUGGGGUGAGCGUGGAUGACCAGGGGUCUAGGGGGGAGGCUGAGGACAUCUGGGUACGCAGGGAGGACUGUCCCUCGGACUCAUCAGAGCUAGACUAGAGGAGGAGAGAGAACUCUACAGACAGUGUGCCUCAGACAGAGAGCUUUACACUUCUUUUAACCAGGUCCUAUAGGGUAACCCAUAGGCCCCUGGUAAAAAUAUAAAAAAAGUAGUGCACUAUAUAGGGAAUAGGGUACAUUUUGGGACACAGUUCAUGGGCUUCAAGACAAGAGACGAUCCAGUGAACUCAAGUCAAUCAAUCCCCAUCCAACCAUAAUGCAUGUGUAUAGACAUGUAUGGUACGUCUACUGUGAGAGUUCUCCUCCUUGCCAAUGUGGUUCAAUUGUGUUGUUGUUUUUUUGUAGUGUACAGAUAGACUGGUGAACUUCGAACUGAAGCCCUCCAAUGGGAGCAAUACUGGAAUACAAGGAGAGGAGAGCGGUCUUAUCCAAUCAACCAAUGAUAUAGAGACAUGGAGGGCUCUUCCAAUCCUGGUGACGUAGAGGCCAGGCUGUAAGAGAUUGACACUGACUGUCUAAUGGUACAAUCGUGGACCCUGAUCAAUACUGUCGAUUGGCAUGGUUUGCACAUAGGGGUAGAUUCCUGGGGCUACUAUAGGUUCCUGCUUAUUGUUGCCACGUGGGUAUUUGUUGUGAAAACACGAAGCCUUGUCUGAGAGACAGAGAGACUUUGAAUCAUAGUAAAGAGUUGUAUAUUAUUUAAAUAUCAACAUAAUACUCGAUGGUAGAGGACAGCCUCGUCAAGUCUUUAAAGUCGCCUGUUUUCACAGUAUUUUAUCUACUCAGUUUCUCAAUAUACUUCUGUUGAUGUGUAUAUCAUUUUGACAUCCUGUUUUGUAAAUCGAAACCAGGCUCUCAUUUUUUUGUGUUGUGUUAUUAAAACAAUUUUUUUCGUUCUGUGAUGACAUAGAAUAACAGAUGUUCGUUUUAUUGACCUCAUCUUCACUCAAGUUAAGGGAUUUCAAUUGUUUUUUUUUCAGUUUUAUAAAAUCCUGUUUUACUUGAAUUGUCAUAUUAUUUUUGUUAUUUUUUGUCUUUUUUAUUUUAUUUUUCAUUCCAUUUUUUUUUUAUUUUUACUUUCCGGUCAUUUUAUUGGUCUUCAUGACACCCGUUCUGAUUACUACACCCUGUCACCUUUUAUUAUUACCAACACUGUUAGUGCACGUUCUUUGUUGUGGACGACGUGCACAUACAUUCAUUACAUUCCAGUAUUUUACUGUUAAGAAUUUUUGUUUUAAAUCUUGUUGUUUCACCAGCCAAUAAUGCAUUUUCAAAACCAUGUUGUUUUUUUUUUUUUAAUUGGUGUUGAUUAUAUUUUUUUGCCACAAAAAAAAAAAAGACCUUCUUAAAUACGUAUAAAACUUGCUGGAUGCAAUCAAGAUGGUGAAGAUGUCUAAACUAGUGUAAAAUGUUGAAAAUAAAUCCUAUAAUAUUACGAAUAAUACUUGUGAAACUACCCAGUGUGCUACUAAGACUACAUUUGUAUUACUCUGUAUGUAAAUAUUGCAAUGUGUUGAUAUCAUAUCAAAUAAAUUGGUUUCCUACUUAUCAUUUACA